AUGGAGGACUCUCAGACCGCUACAACUGGCAUCGCCAACUAUCGUCACAACUCUGAGAGCUCAGACGGUUACCUAGGUGAAGAGAAGUCCUUUGUAUGCCCUCAACAAGGCUGUAACAAGCGCUUCACCCGGGCAGAGCAUAUGCAACGCCAUGCUCUGAAUCAUCAGCCUGGUGGUUUGACCUGCGAUAUCUGUCGCGCUCACUUCAAGCGGCCAGAUCUUUUGAAACGGCAUAUGGACCGGCACCGCCAAAAGGAUCUCGAAGCAGGCGGACCCGGUUGCGGUGUCUUAGACACGAGAAAAAGAUCUUGGAAAGCCCCAGACGGCUCCGUCGUCGAGAAACGGCCCUGCACGCAUCCUCCCGGCCGGGGUAGAGCCCCAGGGCGCGCUCGUCAGCAAACAACACAAGUACCCUCACCAGAACCGGAACCGACAGACGCGGAUCAAAGCGUCUCGUCUUUCGACCCGGCGUUAGAGCAGGACUUCUCGGGAGGAAGCAUCUCGCCGGAGAUUCACAGGCGCCAUACCGUCGAUUUCCGCCCCGGGAGCUUCGACUCCAACCAGUCCUACCCCUUCGACCACGGCAACAUCCUGAACGCCUCCGAGACCGUCAACAACUUCGCGGGAUUCCCGCCUGCGCUCCAGUUUCACGAUUUCGGCGCGGCGGAUAACAAUUUCGAUAUCGAUUCCGGCCAGCCGAUCAACUGGGGCGACCCGUUUGCGAGCGAGCAGCUGGACUAUGACCAGAUAUUCCAGCCGGACACCGCGAGCUCGUUUAAUAUGCCUUACACCACCGCCCUAGACUACAACUGGCUCUUUAACAUGCAAGACACCGCCUCGCCCGUCAUCUCAUCCAAGACAUCCGACCAGAACUACGACCCCCGCCUCCUCGACAACUCCGCCAUCACCAAGACGCAGACCAACAACAUCGCCAUCACGCCGGAAUCCAUCAAGAGCGCCCAGCUGUGGUCGGAGCCGAUGGACGUGGCUCCGCACGACACCGGCGCGCAGGACAAGCCGCCGAGCUACAGCACCAUAAUGCAGUCCGCGCCGCAGGAGGCGCCGGUCAGGAGGCCUCCUCCGCGGAACUCUGCCGAGAGGAACGCGGAGCUGGCGGCCUCGCGAAGACCGGCGGAGGCGACGGUGGCGACGGCUCGUAAGCGCAUUGCCGUGAGCAGACCGGCACCGAUCCUCGAGCCGGAGCGGCCCCUGUCGUCGUUGAGAAAGCCUCUCAACACUCCUACCGUUGACGACAAGGCCCGCGAGAGACUAUUGAACACCAUCGAAGCGGCCAAGCCGUGCCUACCAGAUCAAAGAUACACCCUUUCGGAACACCCACUGCUCUCCGCUGAAUCUCUGAACUCUUACCUUGACCUCUUCUUCAGCCGCUUCAACACAGCCUACCCUCUCAUGCACCUUGAAACAUUCAACUGUGCAGAGACUGAGCCGCUUCUACUAUUAUCCAUCUUACUGCUCGGGGCAACUUACUCGAGCAAAGACUGCCAUCAGUUAGCUGUGUGCAUACACGACGUUAUCCGGCCCAGCAUCUUCGCCCACGCUGGGUUCUCGCCUCGACCUGAAUUGUGGACGUUGCAGACCAUCUUGUUAGUGGAAUGCUUUGGCAAGUCUCGUGCGGGGCAGAAGCAGCACGACAUGAGCCACCUCUUCCACGGUCUUUUGAUCAAUCUCAUUAGAAGAUCUGACUGUCAGUCGGUUCGGCCGCCUGGGCCUCCUCCGGUUGGUGCGGAUGAUAGUCCUGCGGCUCUUGACAAGGUGUGGAGGAAGUGGGCCGAGGCCGAGCAGAAGAAGAGGCUUGCUUUGCUCUGCUUCAUGUGGGAUACCCAGCACGCAGUCCUAUUUUGUCAGAGCCUCUGCAUGUCAGCAUUCGAACUACGGUUGGAACUCCCCUGCAACCAGAGUAUCUGGGAAGCACGAGACGCCUCGUCGUGGGCGUCGGCGUGGAGGUCCAGCAUCAACGACCAGAGAACAUUCUACCUUCCCGUUCUCAAGGCUUACCUCAUGCCGUCGGGGCCACGAACACACGGCCUCAGUGGGUUCUCCCGCAUUCUCGUACUUCACGGUCUCAUGUCUGUUGCCUGGGACAUGGGACGCCGCGACCAGACCGCACUCGGCGUGAUUUCCGGCGAGAGCCCGGGUCCAGGCUCGGGCUGGCGGAAGACGCUCAGCUCGGCCUACGACGCUUGGAGAUACGAUUUCGACUGGUACUGCAACAACUUCUUCGCCCAGAUGCCGCGGGCGCCCCCCUCGCCGGAUGACGAGAUCCGGAAGACGGAGUUUGAGUCUUUCACGGCUGCGUACAAGGCUCUGUAUCACUCCGCGCAGGCCCUGCUCAAUAUGGACUUCCUGGACGUGCAGAUAUACGCCGGAGCACGACAUAUCCUGGGCCGGCCGGUUCAGCAGAAGGAUUACAUGCGAUCUGCGCAGGUCGUCAAGAGGUGGGCCGUGGCGACAGGGAAUGGGCAGGGAGAGGGCAAUGGCGCGAGGCAAGAUCGAGGGGACGCCGCCGCCGCGGAACAAGGGAAGCAGUCGGCGUCGACGGCGGCGUGGCACGCGGCGCAGAUGCUGCGGGAGACGAAGAAGACGCUCAGUGGCACGGAGGCGAUGAAUCUCUUCCACGUGCCGUGGUGCCUCUACCUGGCGACCCUGACGUGCUGGGCGUUCCACCACGCGAGGCCGAACCGGAACUACAGCGUGCCUGCGCGCCGAAACUUUGACGCGAUGGGAGACUUUGACGAGGACGAGGAUGGGGAGGAGGACGAGAUGAUUUGGGACCCGCAGGGGGAGAUGGACGCUCUGGUGGCGAGCAUGUCGGAGCGGGUUGAGCGGAAUGAUAUGACUUUGAGGAGGGAGAAGAGACGUACGAAUGGUUUGGUAUGGAUUAUGGCGGAUAUUCUGACGACGGUUCGGUGGGGGAUUGUGCAUGCUGGCGUUGUGGUUCUGAGGGGGCUCGUGCCUCAGAGACUUAUCAACCAGUAUGAAGAGGCCGUCUAG